AUGUCGACGUCGCAAGAUAAAGGGGUCUCAAGUGUGCUUUCUCUUUCACGCCUAUCACCCCGCCGAAGUUUCUUAAUGGAGUGCAAUGUGGUUGAACUGCUGGAUUGUGUUCCAUCUUCGGGUGAUAAUGAGAAUUCAUCAAAUUCACAUGAAAACGUAGCCAACCAUUCCGUUAUCGAGGGUGAGCAAUCGAAUAAGGCCAUGCAACUGCCGGAUCUUACUGAGGUUGAAAGUGAAGAGAUGGAUCUUGGUUAUGAGUUACCGGAUCACAGUUGCCUUCAGGAAGAUGAAAUACCAAAAGUUGGAAUGCGGUUUGCGCAGUUGCAAUUGGCUCAUGAAUUCUAUGUUACCUACGCAAAGAAAGUAGGAUUUGCAACUAAGAUAAGGACGACAACAUGUGACAAGAUCACAAAGGAACCCGUUAACCAAGCUAUCCAUGGUAAUCGGAAUGGGUUCCGCGGGUCUCGUGUCAAAGCACCAACGCGAAAGAACACGAUUUUAGCCGCCGGGUGCAAGGCAAGGAUAUAUGUCAAGUUUGAUAAGGAGAAGCAAGAGUUAGUUUUCUUCAAGGUUGAGUUGAGGCACCCGCACCCAUGUUCAGCAAAAAAGGCGGUGCACUACAAUGAGUAUAGGGAGCUGAUCAUGCAUGCGAAGUGCGUGAUCGAGGAUAAUGAUGAGGCUGGGAUUUGA